GGCGGGCUGUACAUUUCCUCCACACAUCCUGCACUGACCCGCCGCUACGCCUGCCAACGGGACACGCGUGGGAAAGAAAGACGCAACAAGCCUCGGUGCAGGAAAACGACCUUUAUUUUGCAUUUCAGAGACGCUUUAUUUAAGGAGAGAUGGGCAGAAUAUAUAAGGAUGAACAGGAUGACUGGAUAACAGUCUGUCUCAAGUACCUCCUCUUUGUUUUCAACUUUCUGUUCUGGAUGGGCGGCGGGGUGGUGAUGGGUGUCGGUAUCUGGACGCUGGUUGACAAAGGAGACUACUUGAGUCUUCUGGCCUCAAGCACAUUCGCUGUGUCCGCCUACAUCCUGAUCCUGGCUGGAGGGCUGGUGAUGGUCACGGGUUUCCUGGGAUGUUGUGCUGUCAUACGAGAGCAGAGGAGCUGUCUGUCCACGUACUUCUCGUGUCUGCUUCUCAUUUUCCUUAUUGAGCUGGUAGCUGGUGUCCUGGCCUACGUGUAUUACCAGAAGCUGAGUGAGGAGCUGAAGCAGCAUCUUAGUAAAACGAUGACACAGAACUACGCUCAGCCCUGGAAAGAGAGCAUCACUCAAUCUGUGGACAGACUACAGCAGGAUUUUAAAUGUUGUGGGAGCAACAACUCCUCUGAUUGGACGCACAGCGUGUACAUAAAGUCCCAGGAGGCGGAGUCAAGGUUGGUUCCUGACAGCUGUUGUAAAACCAUUACCCCUCGGUGUGGAAAGAGGGACCACCCCUCCAACAUCUACAAGGUGGAGGGUGGCUGUAUUACUAAGCUGGAGCAGUUCCUGGCUGAUCAUUUGCUUAUCAUUGGAGCUGUGGGAAUAGGUGUGGCCUGUUUGCAGCUAGUGGGCGCAGUUUUGACUGCCUGCUUUAUGUAUCUGCUUUAUAAAGAAGAGGAAGAAGACUACUCUGACGUUUGAUUGGCUAGUGCCAAUUUUUGACGUCCGAACAGCUAUCCGAGGACCAGAUAUGUGGGAUGGUGUUCACCUGUUGCCUACACAGGCGAAUUAAACUGGACCCAUACUGAACACUCAGCACUUAAACAGUAUAUGCCUUUACCAACGCUUCAACACGGCCUUACUACUGUGCCCACUUUAAACUGCAUGAGCAAACACAGGGCUUUAAGCCAUUAAUGUAAGGGCUUUCUUUUAACAUAUUCUCCGUUCUGUAUGAUUCCUAAAGGGAUAGAGAAACAAUUAUGGGUCCGGUAAGCCCCACAAUGCUAUGUGUGCUUGAAAUAGACAUAAUGUCACUGUUGCCUUCUUAUAAUCCUGACGUUGAGGAGUAAGCUUUGUCAUGCAGUCAGAUAUUGAGGCAAUUAGAAAUGAUGUUUAUUUUUUAAUCAUUUAUUUUUUACUUUGUGUGAAGUAUAAUAUAUUUAUAUACUGUAUAUCCAUGUAUGUUGUUUGAUUUGGUUAUGUUAAGUAUAUUUAAUGUGCUGCUAAUCUCAGACAGGCAUGUACACCUGCUUGUGGGCACAAAAAUACACUGGACCAAAGUCAAAAAAGCUUUAUAAUGCACUUUUUUUUCUUAAAAAGUGAGUAGCAUUAGGUUUGUGGAGAACUAUAUUCAUAUACUAUAACAUUUUGGAAAAGGUCAAACAUAAGCUACACAUUUAAAAGUGGCAGCUGUAUGUAAUAAAAAUAAUGGCUACAGUCACACUGUCUUUACUGUAUCAUAGUAGUUAUUAACGUUCUCUCGCCUUAAAGCAAACAGGAGACUUUUUUAAAGUGUUAUGCUGCUCUCAUCUGAAAUGUGUAUUCAUAUCAGAUAUCAAUUAUUUUCUGUCUCAUUAAUAAAUGCAGAUGCGCUAAUAGAAAUAUAACUGUUUUGUUUGUUGCCUAAUGGUUUUCUUUAGCUGAAUGUUACAGUACGCUUACAGUACGGAUUGGACUUUUAUGAACUUGCUACGAAUUGAUGAACUCAUGUUAAGGGUCACAUCACAUGUUUAGUUGUCUGAGCAGUUGGCAGCAUUACAUUGCCAUGUAAAUCACAGCUGCAAACUCCUAACGUUGCCACGGCAACAUCAUCCACAUUAAAAUUCAAUGUCAUUUUGCUUUAAACAGAUGGUAUAAUGUGACAUUUUCCCUUCUGUACUGAUAACUGUUUGUAAUCCAUUUGCUUUAUGCUAAUGACAAAUUAUUAACGUUUUUAAAAUGCCGACAAGCAUUUCUGCUCAGACUCAUCACUUAUCAAAGCUGGAUGAAAGUCCAAGAAGAUUUUGAUUAUAAAUAUGCAUUGUCCCGUUCUGCACUUGUAUACAGUUAUAUUUCAGCACUGUUACAUAUUGUGGAUUGAACAUGUGAAACUGUAUGUAUAUUUUCAAAGUUUUGCAUUGUUUACUCUGAUAACCGUGAGUUUACUUCAUAAAAGCCUUGCCUUAAGAUGGAAUUGGAAUGAAAUUGUUCGAUUAAUGUAUGUUUUUAGAAACUGUGUUUAAUAAACUUGAAAUGUA